AUGCACAAGCGAUUCAGGCAAGUUUUUUUGGCUCUAAAGGAGCACAGCACCGUAAGUUACGCCAAAAUAGCUACAGUUGGAGGGUUUUGUGAUGUUGAUCUCAUAAUUGUCAAAGCAACUGCUCCUGAUGACUUACCAUUGCCUGAAAAAUACGUACACGAGCUCUUGAAGGUAUUUUCCAUCUCUCCCUCAUCGUAUCGCUCCUUUUCUCUUAGCUUCGCUCGCCGUUUUGGCAAAACUCGAUCCUGGAAAGUUGCUCUUAAAUGCCUCCUUCUCCUCCACCGUUUGCUCAGGUCCUUGCCUGAACAUAGCCCUUUCCGAGCAGAACUAUUAUGGACGAUAUCCAAUGGUUUGCUCUCUCUCUAUCCAUGCCAUUUCCAAGACGAUUCAUCUUCAAAUCCUGAAGAUCACACCAUGUUUAUUAGGUCCUACGCACAAUUACUCGACCAAUCUCUUGGUUGCAUUUCCUUGGAAAACAAGGGAACAGAAGAAGAAGUAAUGCAUGAGAGCUUACAGCAUAAAAUAAAACAGGUGAGUAGAAAGCUUGAACUUUUGCCACAACUUCAAAGCCUAAUAGACCAAGUAAUGGACUGCACACCAACUGAGGUUGCUGCUAGGAGCUUGAUUGUCCAAUUGGCAAUGAAACUUAUCAUUCGUGAUAGUUUUAUUUGUUACACAACUUUUCGAAGAGAAAUUGUUUUGGUUUUGGAUAAUUUGCUUGAAAUGCCAUACAGCAGUUGUGUUUCGGCUUUCGGGAUUUACAAGAAAUCUGCUACGCAAGCGAGCCAGCUUUGCGAGUUUUAUGAUUGGUGUAAGGCUAAAGGUUUUUGUGGUUCAUAUGAAUACCCUUUUAUAGACAAAAUUCCACGGAUACAUAUUCAGGCUCUCGAGACUUUUCUCAAUGGGCUGUGGCAGCUAACUGAUCAGUCAUCAACAUCUACUACAUCACCAUCCUCAUGGGUUGAGUAUAAAUCAACUUCAACAGAUGAUGAUCAAGUUGUUCAGAGAAAUAAUCUAAUUAAGAUUAGUUCUGAAUUGGAGAAAUCUGACGAGAAAGGUUUCGCAAAAAGAAAUGAGAUGGGAAAUGAAGAGAUGGAAAAUCUAAUUCAGCUCGAAGAUGGAGAAGAUCAUAACUGGGAGGCCUUGCUAGAAGCUUCACUUAAUUCUUUUUCAAAUGAUCCUCGAAGGCACUUGCUGAUUUACCCUCAGAUCCUUAGCAAUGGCCAUGGAGAUGCACAUGGGUACGAGAAUCAGCUUAUUUGUUUGAAAGACACGAAAGGAGAGGAGCUAGAUCAAUGGCAAAUGCAAGUCUACAAUCCAAACCCUUUUCAUCAACCUCGUAAUUACUUUCCCCAUAGCGAUGGAUCGUCGUCAGCAGGUAAUCCGGCAUUUCCAUGGAGAUUUUAAUGCUAGCUAACUACGUUGUU